ACUUCUCAAGAAAAGUGCGUGCUUACCUACCGAUUCACUGUACUACAGCCAUCUGAUGAGGACUCUUCGAAACUCUCUUCUCUGGUAUAGGACGCUCUAGAGGUUUCUUAUUUAUCGGCAUAACCUAACUAAGUUGGAUGCACACGUGACCUUUUUGGAAUUUCUCCCUUUAUCGAAACGAGGAGACUGGGUCGAACGUCGCGAAGCGAGUCCGACUAAUACUUCCGUAUUAAAAUGUCAGAUGACGCUAGCUGGACGUAUCACUGAUCAUUCGAGACGUCGUAUUGUUUGGGAUGAUUUCUUCGUCAGUGUUUGCUCGACAUUAUGAUCCUGGUUGUGAGGUAAGAUGGCUAGAAUUGAAGAGUGAAGCUCCGUUUGAUUUAUGCCCAGUCUUCUGGAUGUUAUACGAGGAUUUAAAACCGCCGUUUGUCGAUUAUGACUCGUAAGCGAUGACGACUCUUUGAUGAUUGAAUGACUGUGAUUAAUGGGCGAAAAAUCGACGCAUACGGUUUAUUCUAUUCCGUUACGCCACAAUCUGGUCCCCACUUUUGACAGAGGAGCAUUAAUUGACCCGAAAGAUUGAUGACUAUAUGAUAUAAAAAUGGCCUUAGAUGGAGAAGAAUUUGUUUUACGCUGGGCUGGUCAUGCAGGUCACGUCGCAGAAAGAUUUAGCGGAUUGCUAGCUCGACAAGCACUCGUCGACGUCACGCUAAUUUGUGAGGAGCAAAGGCUGCGAGUGCACAAAUUAGUCCUGGCAUCGUGUAGCUUAUACUUUGAGGAAAUGCUGGAGGAAGAUCUAGGUCAAGAGCCGACUAUUUUAUUAAGAGACAUGAGUUUUGAUGUUCUCAAGGCGAUGGUGGAGUUCAUGUAUUGCGGGGAAACGACACUUUCUCAUGAAUAUCUGAAGCCUUUACUGGAAGCAGCUACUAUUUUUAAGGUUAGAGAAUUAGCUUAUAUAAUAAGUACAUUAAUGGGAUCUCAAGACGAAGAUGAAGUUAAAAAUUGUGGGGAAAGUAUCGACUGUUCAGAACAUGCAGAAACUUUAAAGUUAGCUAACGAAUUCAACGACUGUGAUGAUAGUAUUCAAUUGAAUGUUUCAAAGGAAAAUGAGAUAUCUACUUUCAAACUAAACGAAAAUGAGAAUUUGGAUUCAGGAGAGGAAUUGCCUUCUGAUAAUUUUGCAAUCAACGAAAAUGAAGGUCAGGAAGUUGAACACAUGCUUUACGAAGAAUCGGGUUUUGUUCAGGCAGAUGUAAGUACAACAAAAAAUUUUACAUUAUCGAAUUCCUUGGAAGUAAAAAAAGAUAACAUCAGAAAGAAUCUGAAUUCAAAAUACGAUGAUUAUGCAGAGAAGUUUGAUGAUGAAUUCGAAGAAAAGUCGAUAAAGUGUCAGCAAGAAAAUGUAGAGAAGUCGGUUUUUCCUAACAACGCAGAAAAGUGUUUAAAAGUUUACACUCAUAAGAAACGCAAAUGGAUGGAUAUGGCAAAAAAUCGUUUGAUUCAAUCAGACCGAUGCUUGCCACAAGCGUCCGUAACCGAUUGCAUCGAUUUAGAUAAUCCAUGUAACGAAGAUGUGCUAAUUACAGUUUCAACGUCGAUAGAUUUGAACGACACUGAAUAUACUCUAAAUUUCAGCACGGAGAAUGCAAUACCUCGUAUGGGUCGUACCUCCAACGAUCCACACCUGUCAUUUUCUGACGAUAAAGUUGACAAUGAGAAAAUACGUACAAAUGUCGAAUUAGGUAAUGAAUCUAAUCGUGUUUUAAGUAGAUGUAAGGAAAUUAGAAGUAGUGAACAAGUUGAUACAGAAAGUUACGAUGAUUUAAAAGCCUCACUGCCUGUAUUAAGAAGAAGCGAACGAUUGAAUCAGUAUGAAUACGAGGAGCCUGUCAGUAACAAAUUAUCACUCGGUAGAAUCAACACCAAGUUUAUGGUGUCAAAGAAGAACACCAAUAUUACAGAACCUCUUGACGAGUCCAAACAUAACGUCAAAGAACAAUGCAUAAUUAAUAAGAGUGUAACUACGUCUCAGUCUCCGAAGAAGAAUUUCACUUAUUCUCGGUCCCUUCGAAAUGCUUCGAAAUCAACCACGAAAAGCAAUGCUAAAUCUCGGUUUUCGUUAACCAGAAGUAAUAAAGAGGAACAUAAGCCGAAGUCAAGUAAUAAGUUUAAGUGUGAGAAAUCAGAGAAGACGGAAUAUGUUAUAAAUGAUUCUAUCGCCUGUCCUGCGACUUUAAACGUUGUUUCUUCCAUCAAUAGAGCUCUGUGGGGCGACAUGGCAGAUGUUUUAGAAAAUGGAGAAAAUGUCUUUGACUGGUCGGAACACUCGAAUAGCAAAGAGAUUCCAUUCGCAGUCGGUUUGCUGCCACUACGUGCUGCUCUCGAGAGACUGCAAGCUAUUCCGGAUUAUCAUCCUCGAAAAACUCGAUCUUCUGCUGCCCCUUGCAGACAAGAACUUAAUAGUUUUAAACGGAAACAUUCUCCCAGCAAGGAGUCCUGUGGAAAGAUUAAAAAACACGCGGAUGGUAAUGCAAAAGAGAACACGAGUACGGUAUGUCAUGUUAAGAUCAGUACAACUUCUGCACAGUCAAUGCGUAACAGGAAAAGGUUUCUUGCGGAGCAUGUCGAACCGCCAACUCUUUCCAGUAAACAAUGACGCGUGAAAAAAUGAAACAUGUCGCAAGAUUUAAACAAACUAAAGUUUAUGCUCUGGAUAAACUUUAAAAAUUCCUUUAGAUAAUUAAAUUCUGCAUUGUAUGUACAGAGUCUCUUUUUUAGUCUACGAUAAAUCACUGGGUACUGCAAUUUUAAUUAUAAUAAGUCCUUUGGACUAAUCUGCUUAAUAGUAAAUAAGCGAAUUUCCUCGAAAUAAGCGUGUCAUUUUAUCGAUAGAUUAGUAUUAAAACAAUUUGUAUCGGUAGAGGAAGUAACAAUGGUCCACGACAUUUUUUUGUUUGUAGAUAUUCAUAUUUUUUUUUAAUCUUGUAUCGAUGUCCUAGGACACGUUAAUGUUAUGUUAUUUCAACGGAUCAUCUCUCAAGGCGUGUACAUAAAACUGUAAUAUACCGCGGAGAAGAGUCUAAUGGCAAUGUCUUAUUUAUUUUUAAACAAUGUAUUGGCUCCAUGCGAAAGAUAUAUUUUUACAUUUCAUACAUAAAAACGUAGAAUACGAUAUACAUUAGCGGUUAUUCGAGGUGGAAUAUUUGUGACGAGAAAAAAAGAAAAGCAAUCUUAACCAUUCUUUUUAUAAACAAAUGCAUCUAAUUAAUAGAACGCUCACUGCCUCUAGUUAAUAAACAAAAGCACAAGGAAACAGUCUAUAAUGUGCGUCGAAUUUACAAUUGUAUGUACACGAAGCUUCCAAUUUAUUUUCAUUAUUUUAUUACUUACUGAUAAGGACAAUUGGUGUUUUACUAAAAAAAUUCAUACUCCAGUUCGCACAAAGCGACAGCCUUGUACACAUAUUAUUGUACGUCCAACGUAUUGUUUGCGUCUAAUAUUUAAUAUUGCCUUUUCGAAUUAUACCGCGUAAACUACAAGCCCAAUUGUUUUAAUUACUCGCGACAUAUUGCACGCAUGCCGGAGCUGUUUUAUUUGCAACAUCCGCGUAUCGUUUAAUUAGUAUUCGUUAAUAUGUUAAUGUGACGGAUUACGUAAGGGCAUCUGUGGAAAUUAUUUUCGUGUGCGUGUACUCUACCUCGACAAUCGUGCAACGAUUGUUGUAGGUCCUUCCCUAAAAGAAAAGAAAAAAAAAGAAAGGACUUCUAGUUAAAAACGCGUUAUUGUGCAAUGGCUCGAUAAAGGGCUUGUCUAACAGCCCUUUUAAAGCCCUUGCACAAAUUGUAGCCUCGUUGACGAGGGGAUAAGUCUAUUAAUUUGAAUCGAUAUCGCCAUUACACUCGCUGCAAGUAUGUCAAUCGGUACUCGGUACGCAUGAUGGGAGUGUUAAUUGGAAAUGUAAGAACUGUUUUAUGAAUAUUUUUUUAAAUAAAUGUUUCUAAGAACAAGGAGAAAA